UGAGCCACAGGCACCGAGCCUAUGCUCAUGAUUUUGACUACCCUGUUUAACUUAAUUGUUCUGAAUUUCUAUAAUUGGCCUUGAUGUCACUCUUGAGCUCUGGGCUUGUAUGUCCACCUACUUCCUGACGUCCCACAAACACAUCCAAAAUCGACCUCAUUAGUUCUGUCCCCUAUCCUUAUUUCCCCUCUCAAAGAUGGAACCUCCUCGACCGCCUACCCUUUUCCUUAGAGAAAACCAACGUCCUAAGUUAAGUAAGGCUCCGCCUCCCCGCAGGGCUCCCCCCAAGGUCACCCGCUUCUUCCCUGGCCCAGAUCUUGGGGGCGGUGUCCGCGUUCCUCUCAGCAGCCGGGCCAGACGCUCUAGGCUGUAGCGGUCCCUUCAAAAAGCCGCAUCAUCUUGCUGGUUUCCGGUACUCGGAGGCUACUCUAGCCUUCAGCCAGGCCUAGGGAGUCUGUUGCCUAAAGUGGCCCUUCUAUGGUUGACAUCUCUUCUUUGUCCCGAGUUUCCUUCGGGAGGACGUUCUGGUGGGAUCUCACACCUUCCCACGGCUGCCUCUAGGGUCUCUUUUAGCUGCAAACAGAGAAGUCACUGAAGCCCUAAGAGAUUCAUAACUAUAGGUCUUAGGGCUCUGCGUUGUGCAGAAUAUGGCGGAAGUAAGUAUGAAGGUGCCCUUCCCUCUCGCCGCUCCUCUCUAUGGUCGCUUCCUUCGGCAAAGGAAAAAGGUGUCCCGACGCCUGCGCAGAACCGGGCUGAGUGCUAGUCGCGGAGCGGGGAGGGGGGGGCGCAGGGAGCGGGAGCUGCCGCCGCCGCCGGAGCUAACCGCGGGGACCGAGAUGCAGGUGGGACCGGAACCGGAACCCCCCUUCUUCAAAUGCUUCGUCCCUUUCCGCGACUCGGCCCCGGCGCAUGAGAGAAGCCCUCGGUGGGGGUGGGCGUGGAGGGCAGGGCAGGGCAGGGGGCGCUCGGUCCCACAGAGUACAGCAGACAGGGCUGGUUCCGAGGAGGCUGCGGCCCCAGGGAAUGGGCGAGUGCGAGGUGUCCAGGGAGUAGGGUCGGGUCGGAGUGGAUUGACCACCGGGCCCGGAGGGUCCAAGCCAGGAGCGGAGCCUGCACCCUCCACCACCCGCUCUUCGGGAAUAUCAGAACUGAGCCAAGAGGCAGGUGCACUGGGAAAAUGUGUUUGAGUCCUGCUUGACAGAAGGGAAACUGAGUCACCAGCUUAGGAGCCGCAGGGUCAGCGGGCCUGAAGGGGGCUGGGUCUGCCUGUGGUGCAGAGGGUUGGGUAGGCCUCUGUGAGCUGAGGUGGCCUCUGGCUGGAGAUUGGUCUCUGCUGUAUCUGCACCUCUUGGCUGGGUUCCCCCGUGCUCCAUGACUCCGGCAUCUCCUGGCAGCUUGUUGGUUUGGAGUUGUCCCGGUGAUUGGGUCCACCUGAAUGUGUAGGGCCUAGGCCAAGGUGGGAGGGGAAGGGUUACUGACUUACAGCGGGCUGUGGGUUUGAGCAAGGGUCUAAGGUUGUGGAGGUUUGGGGAGAGACUUUCCUAAGCUAUCCUGGCCCUAGUCCCCUUCCAGUACAGCAUGGAAGAGCAGCACUAACAGAAGAACUGUGGGUUGUAAAUUUCAUAGCCAGCUCCACCACUUUCUAGUUGUAAGACCCUGGAAAGGAUCUUCCUUUCUCUAAUUUCUCUUUUAGAAAAUUAGAACCAUAAUACUUUUCUCCCCCAUGAAGAUAGUAAUAAUGGCAGUCAUUUAUUGCAUGCUUAAUUUGUGUCAAGCACUGACAUAUUCCACUUAAUUCUCCCAAUAAUCGUAGUAGGUGGGGAUUGUUAACUCUGUUUUACAGAUACAAAAACUGAGGCUCAGAGAGGACAUGUAAUUUGUCAAGAUCUCAUAGCUAAUAGGUGGCUGAACUGAGGUUUCAGCCUAAGUCUGACUCUAGAACCUAUGGCCUUAACCAGCAGGCUAGCCAGCCUUUAGGGCACAUUCCUCAGUGAGGGAAGAAGGUGAAAAAUCCUGGGAUCCCAGCUCCCUGUGAUGUUGUGGUCAGCAGAGACUCGUCCUCACCCAAAUCACAGUCUCUCUGGUGCCCCUGCCUCUGUGCCCCAGGUGGAAGGGGUACCAAAGAAGUGGACUGGGCUGUAGCUAUUCCAGGUUUCCUUCUCACAGUGCUUGGGUGCUAGACUCUGGGGUCAGCUUUCAAAAUAAUUGGUAUUUCAGUCCAUCAUCCACCCAUCCUCCUUAAUGGGUAACCUCUCUCUAACGAACCAGAACCAGACCCAGAUGGUAAGAUGCAGGAGGCAGGGUUUCUGAGCUUUGUAGUCCCACCUCCCUCUGCUCCCACCCCUAGAGCUGGGGCAGUAAGGCACUGUGGCUGAGGCUGGUCCAGUUACUCCCUAGUAACAAGGAUUAUGCAGUGGGAAAAACAGUAGACUUGGAAUUCUUAAACUUUUCUGAGCUUCAAUUUCCUCAGCUGUUAGGCUGCUAAAACCUCUCACGGGGAAAGGUAAGAAAACCAUGUGGAAUCUUCUAGAAUGGCACAUAGGAAGUGUAUAAUGAAUAUUGGAUGAUCCAUCAUAGAGGUGAUCUAGAAAAGAUUCUUUUUUUCUGGAGGAAGGUGCUCUACAGCCCUCCUGUAUCUGAAGCCAGGGGUGGUAGCGGGAAGACAGCAGUGUAUGGGCAGGCUAGACAUUGGGGCACUAAAUGAAUGGGGCUUGUGGGCUGUGAGGAUUUGGGAGAAGGAAAGGCACUUUGGUUUUAUUCCCCCAUUGCUUUAUGAGGAGUCUGAACUGGCCUAGGAAGUCUCUGGCUUGGGGUGGUACUCUCCACUAGUCCCACCUCAGCAGUGACCCCAUGUAUGUGCCUCUCUCUUCUGCAGCUGUUGCCGCUCAGCCCGUGUCUUCUGGCCGCUUCCCUCUUUGCUGCCCCUCCCCACAGGCUCCCCCUCUCCACCUCCUGGGGGCCAUCAUGAAUGGUGCCCCUUCCCCAGAGGAUGGGGCCUCCCUCUCCCCUCCCCCGCUGCCGCCACCCCCUCCCCCUAGUUGGCGGGAGUUCUGUGAGUCCCAUGCCCGGGCUGCUGCCCUGGAUUUUGCCCACCGUUUUCGCCUCUACCUGGCCUCCCAUCCCCAAUAUGCGGGGCCUGGGGCUGAGGCUGCCUUCUCCCGCCGUUUCGCUGAGCUCUUCCUGCAGCACUUCGAAGCUGAGGUGGCCCGAGCCUCUGGCUCCCUCUCACCACCCAUCCUGGCUCCCCUGAGUCCUGGUGCCGAGAUCUCACAUGACCUGUCCCUUGAGAGCUGCAGGGUGGGUGGGCCUCUGGCUGUGCUGGGCCCUUCUCGAUCAUCUGAGGACCUGGCCGGCCCCCUCCCUUCCUCAGUCUCUUCCUCCUCUACAACCUCCUCAAAGCCGAAGCUAAAGAAACGCUUCUCCCUGCGCUCAGUGGGUCGCUCCGUCCGAGGUUCAGUCCGUGGCAUCCUGCAGUGGCGGGGCACUGUUGACCCUUCCUCCCCAGCUGGGCCCCUGGAAACCUCAUCAGGCCUCCCAGUCUUAGGAGGAAACAGCAACUCUAACUCCUCUGGCGGGGCUGGGACUGUUGUUAGGGGACUGGCUAGUGAUGGAAUGUCCCCUGGGGAAAGAUGGACUCACCGUUUUGAGAAGCUGAGACUCAGUCGGGGAGGGGGGACCUUGAAGGAUGGAGCAGGGAUGGUGCAGAGGGAAGAGCUGCUGAGUUUCAUGGGGGCUGAAGAGGCAGCUCCUGACCCAACUGGAGUGGGUCGGGGAGGGGGAGCAGCUGGGCCUACCUCAGGAGGAGGAGGGCAACCUCAGUGGCAGAAGUGUCGAUUACUGCUUCGAAGCGAAGGAGAAGGAGGAGGAGGAAGUCGUCUGGAGUUCUUUGUACCACCCAAGGCAUCUCGGCCCCGACUCAGCAUUCCCUGCUCUACUAUCACGGAUGUCCGGACAACCACAGCCUUGGAAAUGCCUGACCGGGAGAACACAUUUGUGGUUAAGGUGGAAGGCCCCUCAGAGUAUAUCCUGGAGACAGCUGAUGCUCAACAUGUGAAGGCCUGGGUAUCUGACAUCCAAGACUGCCUAAGCCCAGGACCAUGCCCUGCUACCAGUCCCCGCCCCAUGACCCUCCCUCUCGCCCCUGGGACCUCAUUCCUUUCAAAGGAGAACACAGACAGCCUGGAGCUGUCCUGCCUGAAUCACUCAGAGAGUCUGCCCAGCCAGGAUGUGCUACUGGGACCCAGUGAGAGCAACGACCGCCUAUCACAGGGAGCAUAUGGGGGCCUUUCAGACCGCCCCUCAGCAUCCAUCUCCCCCAGUUCUGCCUCCAUUGCUGCCUCCCAUUUUGACUCAAUGGAACUGCUCCCGCCAGAAUUACCCCCCCGCAUCCCCAUUGAAGAAGGACCCCCAGCAGGGACAGUUCAUCCCCUCUCAGCCCCUUACCCUCCCCUGGACACUCCGGAAACAGCCACAGGGUCAUUCCUGUUCCAGGGGGAGUCAGAGGGAGGUGAUGGGGACCAGCCCCUCUCUGGAUAUCCUUGGUUCCAUGGGAUGCUUUCUCGACUCAAGGCUGCCCAAUUAGUGCUGACAGGAGGCACUGGCUCCCAUGGUGUCUUCCUGGUACGGCAGAGUGAGACCAGGCGGGGUGAAUACGUCCUCACUUUCAACUUUCAGGGCAAGGCCAAGCACCUGCGUUUGUCCCUGAACGAGGAGGGUCAGUGCCGGGUCCAGCACCUGUGGUUCCAGUCCAUUUUCGAUAUGCUUGAGCAUUUCCGGGUGCACCCCAUCCCUCUGGAGUCUGGAGGCUCCAGUGAUGUUGUCCUUGUCAGCUAUGUCCCGUCCUCCCAGCGACAGCAGGGCCGGGAGCAGGCUGGGAGCCAUGCAGGGGUGUGCGAGGGAGAUGGAUGCCACCCCGAUGCCUCCUCCACCCUCAUGCCCUUCGGAGCGAGUGACUGUGUAAUCGAACACCUCCCAUGACCCACCCCAGCCCCCUGAACCCCCUUCAUGGACAGAUCUCCCACAUCCUGGGGCAGAAGAGGCGUCGGGGGCGCCAGAAGUGGCGGCAGCAACAGCCACAGCAGCCAAAGAGAGGCAAGAGAAAGAGAAAGCGGGCGGUGGAGGGCUCCAGGAAGAGCUGGUCCCCGUGGCUGAGUUGGUCCCCGUGGUUGAAUUGGAAGAGGCCAUAGUGCCAGGCACAGAGGCCCAGGGAGGCAUUGGAUCUGGCGGGGACUCGGGGGUGACCCCGAUGGUGCACCUCCAGCAGUUACCACGAGGGGGUGAUGAAGAAGAAGGAGCCCACCCCAGAGCCAUUAAUAACCAGUACUCCUUCGUGUGAGAUGCCCUACUCACCCCUCCUCCACUAUGUUCUCCAGCCCUUAGUUCAGUGUGAGACUGGAGACUGGACUGGGUAGGGACUUAAGAGGAGGUAGAAAUCCCUCCCACAUGCUUCCUGACCUUGUUGGCCAAGGGCAUAUAUGUUGGUACAAGCAGAGGUUCAAGAGCCCUGUUGAUUCCCCUCUUUCCCCAGUUUAUACACUACAGGUGCCCCUUCCCCUGGGCAGGGGAUUUGGGCUCCAUUACCUCCCUGAGGGGCUCUUGUGGUCAGCCCCACCCCUGAGGGCCAUUUCCCCAUUAACCACCCCUCAGCCCAAGAAGGGUGAGAGGGGGAAGGGCUGUCAGUUAUAUUAAGGUUGUUGUUGUUGUUGUUUUAAACAAAAUGGAGAAGCAUAAAUAAAUAAAAGGGUUUAUCUCAGUU